AUGGGGUUUAAAGGAUUUGUUAUUGGAAGUAUCGGCAAUGGUGACUCAGUGGUUUCUGCAGGAACUGCUGGUGCCAUAGAUGUCGUGGCGGGUUUUGAUGCAGUUGCUACUGCUAAUGGUACUUCUGGUGGUAUUACUGGUUCAUUUGCCACAUUCGCCAAUUGUACACAUCUGCGUAAGCUUGGUUUGGAGGAAAAUCGUCUCAGUGGAGCAGUACCAUCGGAUCUGAGGAGGCUAUCAAAUCUUCAAAGACUGAGUUUGUCAUCCAAUCAACUUGUUAGCGGCAGUUCUGUGACCAUCCCCAUACUUGCAGCUCUCCACAAUUGCACCAAGCUGAAUAUUCUAUUGAUUCAUGACAAUUAUUUGAGCGGAUACUUGCCAGAGCAGCUUCCGACAAAUCUCUCUUGGUUAUCAGUAGAUGGUAAUAGAAUCACAGGAAGGAUACCUUCAUCUUUUGCAAACCUAACCAAUUUGAGGGACCUUUAUAUGUCUUCCAAUCUCCUUACAGGCCGCAUCCCAUCCUCUCUGAGAAGCCUUGGUAACUUGCAAAGACUUUUUCUGGACAACAACAAGCUAAAAGGAAGCAUACCCCGUGAGAUUGGCGAAAUGAAAAGCCUUGGGGAGUUAUCAGCCAGCCAUAAUAUGCUUACUGGACAGAUACCUGAUACAAUUGGUCGACUUCAACAGUUAACACAUCUUGUACUUAACAACAACCAACUAUCAGGGAAUGUACCUGCAAGUUUGGGAAAAUGUUACAAUUUGCAAUUGCUAGACCUCUCCAACAAUCAAUUGAGGGGACGCAUACCCAAUGAAGUGGCCAGUCUUCCUAAUUUACAGUUUUGUUUAAUUUGUCCAUAA